CCUUCAGGUGUUCCACCACCAGCACGGCGAGCUGUGCGAGAACGAUCUCAAGUCAGGCGUCAUCAUCUCACCCGCGCUACAGCCGCCGCCCAUCAUCCACCACAGUCAUACCAUGAUCACCUGCGAUGCCGACAUCGAGAACCACCCGGCCAGCGAGCUUCUCCCGCAUCUCAUCCUUGGCAACGAACGCGACGCCGCCGACCUGGAGCGGCUGCGGACGCUGCGCGUGUCGCACGUGCUCAACGUGACGUCACACGUGCCGUUCCACCACGAGCAGCGCGGCAUCGCCUACCGCCGCCUGCCGGCGUCCGACAGCACCGAGCAGAACCUGCGGCAGUACUUCGACGAGGCGUUCAGCUUCAUAGGUGAGUGA